CACACACACACACACACACACACACACACACACACACACACCCUCUGCGAGGUGCCACAUCGAAACGGAAUAAAGAAUAAAAUCACGGAAUAACGAGCAUCAUCAUCAUCAUCAUCAUCAUCAUGCUGCUGCUAAUCCUUCUGCAGUUGUCGGUCCUUGUGUCGUCUGCUUCUCGACGGUGUGACCCAACCUUUCGAGGACAGUGCAAGCCAAGAGUGGAAGAAAAACCCAAAUGCACAGAUGUGUUCCUGUCCUACUGCGAUGACAUGGCCUACACUCAGACCAUGUUCCCAAACCUCCUCGGGCACAAGACCCGCGAAGACGCCGAGGCCGGCGCCGAGUACCUCCUCAUGAGCGUGGUCGAGUCCCUCCUCGGUGGAGAGUGCAACCCCGAGAUCCGCAUGCUGGGCUGCUCUGUGUUGGCCCCGCGCUGUGAGAAGCAGAAGGUGCUGAGGCCCUGUCGCACCACCUGCGAGACGGUGCGUAAAAGAUGCAGCCACGCCUUCGAGGGCAUAGAGAUGGCGUGGCCCUACUUCCUGGACUGCGAUCGCUUCUUUGUCAGUGACGAAGAGGGAUGUUAUGACCCGCUGGAGGGCCUCAGAGGAGGAGAGCAGGAUUUGGAGGCCGUGGACAGCAUGGAAAUCCUUCCUCCUGAGGAGUCGGCCACAACGAUGCAGUUCACCUAUCACAGCAACGCUCAGAUGAUCAGCAUCUUGAAGAAAACCGAGGAACAGUGCUCCGACAUAGCGAGAACCUACAGCAUCGGCCGCAGCAUGGAGGGCAGGGAGCUGCUCGUGAUAGAGUUCUCCAACAACCCCGGUCAACAUGAGCUGCUGGAGCCAGAGAUGAAGUACAUUGGCAACAUGCACGGAAAUGAAGUCCUGGGCCGCCAGCUGCUGAUCUACUUGGCUCAGUACAUGUGCUCAGAGUAUCAGCUGGGGAACAUGCGCAUCCAGACGCUCAUCAACACCACCCGCAUCCACAUUCUGCCCUCCAUGAACCCCGACGGAUACGAGCUGGCUGUUUCUGGAAUCGAGGACAAUAACUACAGUGAUGAUGAGGAGGAGGGUCCCAGAUAUGAAUCUCGGAACAUCGGCCGGAACAACGUCCAGAACAUCGACCUGAACAGAAACUUCCCCGAUUUGACAUCCGUCGUUUACGGCCGACGCAGACAGAGGCACUACCGCACCGACCACAUCCCAAUCCCAGACUAUUACUGGUUUGGUAAGGUUGCACCAGAGACUUACGCUGUCAUGAAAUGGAUCCGCUCCAUCCCGUUCGUGCUCUCCGCUAACUUCCAUGGUGGGGACCUGGUGGUGUCCUACCCCUACGAUCUGUCCAAACACCCACUGGAACGCAACAUGUUCUCCCCGGCACCGGACGACAGGGUAUUCAAGCUUCUUGCAGGAACAUAUGCAAAUGCCCACGAGACAAUGUCCAAUGAAAAUGCCCGGUGUGGAGGCUCUCGUAGUCACAGUCAGAAAGGAACCGUUAAUGGAGCGCAGUGGUCCAGCAUGGCAGGUGGCAUGCAAGACUUCAACUACCUUCACAGCAACUGUUUUGAGGUGACUGUGGAGCUGGGUUGUGAUAAAUUCCCCCCUGAAGAGGAUUUGGUUACCGGCUGGCUAGAAAACCAGGAGGCGUUUAUCACAUUUAUGGAAGCGGUCCAUGGAGGUAUCAAAGGAAUCGUUAGAGACGAGGAGGGAAAUGCCGUCAAAGGUGCACGGAUAUCAGUCAGAGGAAUACGCCAUGACAUUACCACAGCUGAAAACGGAGACUACUGGCGCCUCCUCGCCCAUGGCAUCCACAUCGUGACCGCCUCGGCCCCUGGCUACUCCAGAGCUGUGAAGAAAGUCCACCUGCCUCGUCGCAUGCUCGGCGCGGGCCGGGUGGACUUUGUGCUGCAGAAAUCGGCGCUAGAUCUUGACACUCAAGAGGAGGAUGACGCCAUCCUGUCAAUGGGAACCUACGACCGCUUUGACCCGUAUAAUCAGUACGAGCGCUACACCCAGGUGGCGGCUUUGAGCCACCACCGCGAGGAGAGGUCAGAGAAGCCCUGGUGGUGGAACUACUUUGUCCUGCCGGGAGUCCCUGCACCCACCUGGCUGCUCAAGCACUAUUAGAGAAGAAGAACAGUACACACACAAACCAAGCUAUCGUGUAAUGACUGUGCUGCUUUUUUUAUUGAUGUCACACUGCAGAAAUGUGUCACAGCUAGCUGGCUGGCCUUCAUGUUAGCUUCAAGCCUUUUACCAACAUGUGCUCUGUUUGGUCCCAACCUUACUUCGGUUAAUAAAAGAAUGUAAAAUACCUUUAUAACAAUUUCACAGCAGAAAUAAAUAACUUUUAUAUCAAU